UUCAGGGACAAAACUAAUCGAAGAACUCGAACAAGUGUGUUGUCUGUCACGUAUGAGGGAACACACAGCGUGGUUGUCGUUUCAUCGAGACAUGAUACUCAAUUUUUUUUCUACUCACGCAUUACGUACGAAAUUUAUUAGCCAAAUAAAUCGAGCUCUUGCUCCUUUUUGAUUUUUUUGGCGAACUGACGCUUCUUCAUGUGUGUGCUUGUGUUUGCGUUUGCAUGCGUGUGUCAAUCGUACUCUUGACACUUUUGACGACCAAUCUGUCAUGAUAAACGUCAAGUUUUUAUCGUAAUAAAAUAAACAACAAAUAACUUGUGCUUUGGAAAACAAGGAGAGCGAGAGAGACCCAGCUAUAUUUAUAGUUUCGGCGUGUUUUCGUGUGUUGAUCCAAGAUGGCUGCCGCGUUAACCGUCGAACAAGAACAAGCUACUAAAGAAUUUAUAGAAGCGGUUAACAAGUGUCGAGCCGGAAGAAGAGCGGGUCCGGUGUCUUGGAGCACCGCCGUUAAGUUUCUAACAGCAAGAAAAUUCGAGGUUUCAAGGGCUUUGGCCCUUUACGAGCAGCACGAAGCGACGAGGAGGCGGGAGGGUUUGGCGCUACUUUAUCCGAGCCAAGAGCCACUUCUCAGCGAGCUGCGAACCGGAAAAUUCACCGUUUUGCCAUCGAGGGACGCGACGGGCGCAGCGAUCGCGAUAUUCACCGCACAUUUGCAUCUGCCGCAAAACACAACGCACCAAACGACUCUGCAGGGUGUCGUGUAUCAAUUGGACGCAGCACUGGAGAGUGUCGAGACCCAGAAGCACGGAUUGGUCUUUAUCUAUGACAUGUCCGACAGUAAAUAUCAGAACUUCGAUUACGAUCUGUCGCAAAAAAUUCUCACGCUGCUGAAGGGUGGCUAUCCAGCAAAAUUAAAAAAAGUACUGAUAGUAACGGCCCCGCUUUGGUUCAAGGCCCCCUUCAAAAUAUUGCGACUUUUCGUCCGUGAAAAAUUACGCGACAGAGUGUUCACGGUGUCCAUACCACAGUUGACGCUUCACAUACCCAGGGAAUCGUUACCACGACGUUUAGGUGGCACCUUGGAGGUGCGACAUGAAGCGUGGCUGCUCCACUGUCUCAAGUCCAUGACGAAUCGUAGUGGAGGUGAACUCUGCGAGGUUACCCCAAGAGUGGGUAGUCCUCUAUCGCCCACAUCGAAGAGCCAAACAAUAAGCGAAAACCCGGUGGAAACACCGGCGAGUAAUCCGACGAGUCCUGUCAACGAGAAGCACAAAGGAAAAAAUGGGGUUGUCAAUAUCGGCGACAUCGAGAUAACGAACGGUGACACGUGGAUCGGAAGCGAUGAAGCACCCUCGCCCGUACAGCCACCCUCCUCUGCCAGCUCCGGCUUCAGUGACGAUGACAGCCUCCACGGAGACGUCGGCCUGCAGGCUGUCACGAUGGAACAACUUAUCGAGGCCAUUCACUCCCGAGGCCGGGCUGGUCUUGUCGCCGAUUACGUUGAAAUCAAACAACGACCGCCCGACGGUUCAUUCAACAAUGCCAAACUCCGACCGAACCAAUCGAAGAAUCGUUACACGGACGUUCUCUGUUACGAUCACACGCGAGUGUGCUUGUCGCAGAUCGACGGUGACGCAACCUCCGAUUACAUAAACGCGAAUUUCGUCGAUGGUUAUAAGCAAAAAAACGCUUUUAUCAGUACGCAAGGACCGUUGCCAAAAACUUGCGGUGAUUUUUGGCGAAUGAUAUGGGAACAACAGACUCUCGUUGUCGUUAUGACCACGAGAGUUGUGGAACGUGGUCGAACAAAAUGUGCCCAAUAUUGGGGCCCCGAGCCUAGGGACGAAGUUUCGGCUGGUAAUUUCACCGUGACGACUCUCGAGGUCGAAACGAAUCCAGAUUAUACGAUAUCCAUGUUACUCCUCACGAAUAAGAAGACUGAAGAGACUAGAGAAGUUUGUCACAUGUUGUACACAGCCUGGCCGGAUUACGGUGUCCCCCAAUCGGCCAAGGCAUUAUUACAGUUCCUGUCUCUAGUCAGGCAACAACAAAACAAAUUAUUGGCGAAUCGCGGUGACACGUGGGCCGGACAUCCUCGUGGUCCGCCAAUAGUGGUCCACUGUAGCGCCGGUAUCGGAAGAACAGGAACAUUUUGCACGCUGGACAUUUGCAUAUCCCGAUUGGAGGACACGGGCACCGUUGAUAUUCGCGGGACAGUCGAGCGAAUAAGGGCGCAGCGUGCACACAGUAUUCAAAUGCCGGAUCAGUAUGUAUUUUGCCAUCGAGCGCUGGCCGAAUACGCUCUCUCGCGAGGUAUCCUGAACACGCAGCAUCUUGCCAUGUUGCCACCGACCGUCGAAGAGGACUCCGAUUAGGUUUACUCCAAAUUUUCGUUGAAUUAGAAAUUUAUAUAUAUUAUAUAUAUUUUUUGUGUGCAUAUAUAGAUAAAUGAAUAAAUAAAUGAAUAGAUAAUAAGUGAAGAAAGCAUAAAUGGAUAAAUAUAAGCAUAUUUAUAUUUUCAUUUUAUUUAUUCAAUUUUUUAUUUGCAUAAACGAAUGAAUAAAUAAAUAAAUAUUGAUGUAUAUAUUUAUUAUUUAACAAUGAUAUAAAUAUAUGCUUGAUAACAUUAAUAUUUAUAAAAAAAAAAACUAUUCAUUUAUUUAUUGAUUUAUGAUCGAAUAUAUACGCACAAAAAAAUCACUACAGAUUCCCGACGAAUAAAUAGAGCGCGCGUAUUAGUUUUUCAUACUUUUCUUCUCCGGAGAAUACGAAAAGAGCAAAAGGCAACUCUGAUGUUUAACCGAGCGCAAAAGGCUAUAGAAAAAUCUAUUGAAAUCCGGGAAACUUUCGCUUCCUACGAAGAUAGUAGACAUUGGAACGGAAGUUGAUGGGGGGCAAAGAAUUUUCGAAUAUCGAAAAACUACACUUUUGUAUCGAAUUUUGUGUGUACGUGUGCAUGUGCGUGUGCGUGCGUGAAUCUCGAUGUUCAGAGAGAAAGGAAAUAAUCAUGAAGAAAAUGAAAAGUAACGACGAGAAGGAAAGUGAGAGGGAGAGAUAAAGAGAAUUUUAAAAACGAAUAUUUGUUUCUAGUCUCGCGAAAAUAUUUCGAAAAUUUCAAAAUUUCGAUUAAAAAUAUAAAAAAUCUCGCACUGUUCGCACGUGGAGGGAGAUAUUUAACGUAGAUCAUAAUUUUGUCCAGCGCAAUCUCUUCCGAUCGGACGGAGGGUAAGAGAAAAAUGAUGAAUCGGAAACUUAAUUGUACGUUCAAACGAUCUAUUACGAGCUCGCUAUAUAUUUAAAUAUGCAUAAAUAGUAUUAUUUUUCAUACAAAUAUGAACAAUAAUAUUAUGUAUGGUGACACAAUAUAAAUGAGUAUUUUUUGGUGAGCGGAGACUUCGGAUUUGGCUCUCCAUUGCUCGAGACAUCGACUCAAAGAAAUGAAAGAAAAAAAACACGAACACACACUCAAAAACAAUCGCAGAAAUACAAAUAGUUACUAAAAACUAAGGAAACGAAGGCAACGUAAGAAACGGGCAAGUGGUUCCCACUCUACAAUCUAAAACGCUUUUCAUUCUUCCACUGAAAUGAAAAAAAAAAAAAACAAAAAAACAAAAAAACAAGAAAAGAAACGUUUACUAUUCGCUCUAGAAACAAACUGAAGAAGAAAAUUAAAUGGAAAAUUCGUACGAAUGUAUAAACGAGAGAAUAAGAGAGACGGAGAGAGAGAGCAAGAGGGGCAGGGGAGAGAGGAAUGAAAUCGAAUUACCGUAAAUCCAUAGAUUUUGCAAUUUUAGAAACGUUUAAGGAUAAUAUUGUAAAGAACAAGAAGAAAAACAUAAUUUUUCAUCUUACCUCGAUGUUUAGCUCUCUAAGCCUUUUUUAGUUUUCUUUUCCCAUGAAAGAACGCUGCUCUUUUUUCCCUCGGACGGCGAAAUGGCGCAAAUUCGAACAAUCGGUCGUGAAGAAAACAUUUAUCGUUUCAUUUUCAAAUGUGCAAUGGCAUUUUGAUUGGAAAGAAAAACACUGAAAAAGGAGAGAGAAAAAAAAUACAAAAAAAAUACGUGUAUGAAUCGUCGCCAUUUCUCAAAUAAUGAAUGUCGAAAAUAUCACUGUAAUCCAUAAAUUAUGUUCUAUGUGAGACUGUGGAAAAAAGGAAGAAGGAAGUGAGGAAAGCUAGGGAAACGUCGCUGCGUUUUCUGAACUCGAGCAGAUAGCUCUGUUCAAACUUUUACUGAUUUUUUAUACCUUUUUUUCAUUCUAUAUGAAACAACAGUAGAACAACUACAAACGACCGAGAAAAAACGAUCAAUUAAUUACUUUCUUGAUAUUUGACAUGCACAAAUGAUGAAAAGUCACUUUUUCAAAAAAAGUUUUUUACUCUUUCUUUUUCUUCUUUACUGAUUGAAUCAUGAUUUUUACACCCGUCAAUUAAAGCAAGGGAGUAUGUGGUCCGCAAACACACAAGGGCAUUCACACAAAAUUUUAUCGACCAAUCAAAUUUAUGAUCGUUACACAUUUUUUUGUUAACGGGUUGUGUGUAGUAUUGAAAAACUGAAUUAUUAUUAUUAAUACUAUUGUAUUAUUAUUAUUAAUAUUAUUAAGAUCAUUAUUAUUUUGGGUAAGAGUCUCAGUUUAUCCGAUGUUCGCACAGUAGGAAGAAAAAGUAAUAAUAAUGCUCGCCUGUGCUCGUCUCUACCAAAAAGUAUGAAUUAAUUUAAAAAAUAGUUUCCGCCGAUACAAGUUGAGCGAUUUUGAAAGAAUGGGGAAACGAGAAAGAUAAGUGAAAUAAAAUAUAAUGGUAAUUCAUGUUUUUCCGCCAAUUACUGUAAAAAGUGAAUAAUGAUAAAUAUGGAAAAUUGGUUUUGAACGACUCAAAGUCGAAUGUGCAGAAAAAAAGAGAAAAAUUAAUUGUUUUCAUCACAUUUAUGUAUAUGUAAAUUUUCUUUUUGGUCAGAGUAAUUUUAGACAAAGACUGUGUUCUCAAAAAUGUACGGGAGAUAAACUCGAAAAAUUUUGGUGAACUGAUAAUCGAAAUAGGAAUUUGAAGAAUUUGGAAUUAUAUUGUGAAUGAGGGACUUUGAAAAUUUAGGUUUUUGGAAAAUAUUGUGGGAAAAGAGGGGAGAGAUUUUGAAAAAAAAAACAUGUGGAAAAUUGUAUAUACCAUGACCUUGAAUUAUUGUCGCACUUGUAUCUAAUUAAUAAUUAUUUAAUAUAUUGCAGAUAUAAAUGGUA